GAGGGUGAACAGUGGCUCAAGAUGAGAAGUGUAUUGAGACAAAGAAUUCUGAAACCAAAAGAUGUGGCCAUUUUUUCUGAAGAAGUUAACCAAGUUAUUGCGGAUUUAAUUAAAAGAAUCUAUAUCCUCAGGAGCCAGGCAGAAGAUGGAGAAACUGUGACCAAUGUCAAUGACCUUUUCUUCAAAUAUUCAAUGGAAGGAGUGGCCACCAUCCUUUAUGAGAGCCGUUUGGGCUGCCUGGAAAACAGCAUCCCCCAGCUGACGGUGGAAUACAUCGAGGCCCUGGAGCUCAUGUUCAGCAUGUUCAAGACCUCCAUGUAUGCGGGCGCCAUCCCCAGAUGGCUCCGCCCGCUCAUCCCAAAACCCUGGCGCGAGUUCUGCAGGUCCUGGGAUGGACUCUUCAAAUUCAGCCAAAUUCAUGUUGACAACAAGUUGAGGGACAUACAGUGCCAAGUGGACCGAGGCGAGAGGGUGAGCGGGGGACUUCUCACAUACCUCUUCCUUAGCCAGGCGCUGACACUGGAGGAGAUCUACGCCAAUGUCACUGAGAUGCUGCUGGCUGGCGUCGACACGACGUCGUUCACGCUGUCCUGGGCGGUGUAUCUCCUGGCGAGGCACCCGGCUGUGCAGCAGAUGGUGUACCGGGAGAUACUCAAGAAUUUGGGGGAAAGGCAUGUUCCAACCGCAGCGGAUGUCCCCAAAGUCCCACUGGUCAGAGCGCUCCUUAAGGAGACCCUGAGGCUGUUUCCAGUGCUGCCAGGGAAUGGCCGGGUUACCCAGGAAGACCUGGUUAUUGGCGGGUAUCUUAUUCCCAAAGGCACCCAGCUGGCUCUGUGCCACUACGCCACAUCCUACGAGGAUGAGAACUUCCCCCGGGCCAAGGAGUUCUGGCCUGAGCGCUGGCUGCGCAGAGGAGACCUGGACAGAGUAGACAAUUUUGGGUCCAUCCCCUUUGGUUAUGGGGUCCGCAGCUGCAUUGGGCGGAGAAUUGCAGAGCUGGAGAUUCACCUCGUCGUGAUCCAGUUGCUUCAACAUUUUGAGAUCAAAACAUCUUCUCAGACUAAACCUAUUCGUGCAAAAACCCACGGGCUUCUGACACCAGCGGAGCCCAUCCACGUGCGUUUUGUCAACAGAAAGUAAGCCUGGGCCCUAAACCCGGGUGGAUGGUGUGGAACCAGCUCGCAGACACACGCUGGGUGUCCAUGUGUCGCUGGUCACCCGAGGAGGAAAGCCAUCAACCUAGAUGCUGUCUUGUGAGACUGGCCUCCCAGGUUCUGGGAGACUUGUACGUCUUUAUGCACAGUGAUGUAAAAAGAUUACUGUUUUACUUUUGUGUACCAGGAAUUGCCUUUUCUUUGGGGAAACAGCUGUUUAAAAAGCAACAGCUCUGAAUCCUCAUGCCUCAUGCAUUGUGCUAGACUUGGUAUUUAAUUACUGGUGCUACCCUAUGCAUUUUUACAAGGAAAUGGUGGUUUACUUACAAAUUCAGUUCUUGAAUAUAUGUUCUCUAGUACUGGCACCAGGGCUCUGUGCUGAGAGGCAGUUUCAGCUUAUUGUUUCUAAUAUGAAGAGGGAACAUUAAGGUGGCCUCUGUUACACUGUAAUUAUGGGAAGAAAACAUCAGAGGCAACAUUUUUUCUUGAGCACCAGAUUUAGAUCCUGUAGAGGCGUUCACAAUUAAAAGG